AUGUUGAGCAACCGUCGCUCAACCAUGAUGGUUCCUCCGAACCGCAUGCCAAGCUGGCACCCUCAUUCCAAGGGAACCAUGCCACCGGACACGUCUUCAGUACCUCUGACUACCGAACUCGAAUCACCUCAAAGUCGCACACCCGGUCUUCUGACCUCGACAUCGCAAGAGCUGCCCGGCCACCGCGUCCUUCGCGCGCUCGGAGCUGUGCACGGCACCACGUCGGCGACGCGAAAAGACACCAAGGCGUUCAUCAAGAACAUUGCAGCCAAUUUCAACAGCAGCUGGGGAGAGGCGAAGAGCGUAACGAGCAUCGUAUACCAGGCCCGGGACCAGGCAAUCGACAGACUGGUCAAGGAAGCGAUAAGCAAAGGGGCCAACGCAGUCGUCGGCUUGGAAGUCAGGGAAAGCGAGAUACUUGGAUGUGUCGUCGUCAGUGUCAGUGGCACAGCGGUUUGGGUCGAGAAGGAGACGCAGCCCAAGAGGGACAGCGCACAAGACGCAAACCCAUUCCGAUGA